AGUCCCCCAGUGUAUACGUUCCUGUCUGCGCUUCCUCCCCCUUUUCUUUCUUCCUCAGUGGAACGGUAUAUCCUCUUCUCUAUUCCACUCUGUACGCUCUACGAGAGGACUGCAUGCCUCGGUCAUCGGUCAGUUUCAAGCGUUCUGGCUCAUAGCAUUGUGUGUAUACUUUUGUAGUUUUCGUUUACGUUUCUCGUAAGGAAGAGAAAGAGUGAGAGAGCAUGGCAUUGGCCUUACGGAAGAGUGUGAGAGUAAAUUCAGUGGGUGGAGAUGCUUGAAGAAGGCAGAAAGGAAGCGAGAGCAGUUUGCGAGAACGGGAUAGAAAAUUUGGUUGCCUGGCGACCAGCCAGCCAUCUAGUUCGAUCCCAGGCAACCGAGCAGCCACCCUUUGCAAGGAGCAGAAACAGUUGUCGUUAGAACUGUCAGAAGAGUGGUUAUUUUCUUUCUCAAUUCGAAAAUAGAAAUUUUUAUUUAGUCUCUCGACGAAUUUAACAAGAAUGGAGUACUUUCAAUUCAUUGUGUGUUCUAUAAUGUUCGUCUUGUAAAACUUUUCUCCCAGUGGUAUUUUGAAAAAACCUUGACAGUGAUUAGGAUGAGAGAGAGAUCAAGAUGAUGAUGAUGAACGAAAGACAGAGUAUUUAGAGACGCUAUUUCAAAGUGAAUCCAAUAAUUGAAUAAUGCAAUGGGAGCAACAACUUCAGUGAGCUGAAAAAUGUCUGAAUGCAGUAGACCAUCGGAUGCACCCAUUUUCCUGGCCUGUUGAUAUGUAACGUGCGCGCGAAAUUUUCAUCUAUUCGCGAAUAGUUGAGAAGAAAUCCGGUUUUCUCUUGCAGCAUCCGCUUGUUAAAUGUGUUCUCUUUGUUGUGCUUCUCUUAGAGAUUAAAACGCAAUCAUGUUCCAGUGUAUUAUCCAGCAAAGGAAUGGCUGGAUUCAUCCGGCUAGUCCUGAUACCAAGGACGUCUUUCCAGACAUAAGGUUGCAGUUGAACGAGCAGUUAAAAUGCUUGGAUGUGCGAAUGGAGGCACAGGUUGCAUUGGUUGCGGAGCUGCAGGACUUCUUCAGAAGAAGGGCUGAACUCGAACUUGAUUAUAGUAAAUCGUUAGACAAAAUGGCCAGGAGUAUACAGCUGAGGCAUAAGGAACAGAAACAGAAGCGCGAGCAAUGGCCCCUUUUUUCUAGUUACGCGUGCUGGCAACAACUUGUCAACGAAACCAAAUCCCUGAGUAGGGAUCAUGCUGCCCUCUCCGAAGUAUACAGCACGCACCUUGUGGGAAGAUUAAACCAAGUAAUGGAGGACGUUCAGCGCAUUUACAAGCGAUGUCGAGAGAUUGGUUAUGAAACACAUGAAGAAAUUUUGCGAGUUUUGCAUGAGUUGCAUACGACUAUGAAAACGUACCAAGCUUAUCAGGCAGAAUCGAGGCAGGCAGAGACCAAGCUGCGUGUUGCAGAACAGCAAAGAAAUAAAUUAGAAGUGGCAAAUGCGCCCCCUGAAAAACUCGUUCGUAGCAAAAAGUACAAACUCAUUGAGAAGGAAGUCAACAAGAGAAAGAGUAAGUACACUGAGGCAAAGUUGAAGGCACUGAAGGCCAGAAACGAGUACAUUCUCUGUCUUGAAGCUUCCAAUACGACGAUACACAAGUACUUUGUCGACGAUCUGUCCGACCUCAUCGAUUGUAUGGAUUUUGGUUUCCACAACUGUAUCGCAAGAGCAUUGUUGAUGCAUUGCAGUGCAGAGGAAGGGAGGCAGCGUUCCUUACAAUCAGGAGCCGAGCAAUUAGCAGCUUGCGUUGGUGUUCUGGAUUCCAGAGCUGAUAAACAAAGGUUUUUGGAGUCUCAUCAUGCCGCUUUUAUGAUCCCAAAGAAAUUCGAAUUCCAGGGUCAACGAGGCGAUGAGACACCCGAACCGGAACUACAGAAGGUGCUACACACAGAAAUGGAACAACGUUUGUCCCAGCUUCAGCAAAGAGUAACAUCACUUCGAACCGAAUCCGAGGAAGUGUGGAAAACUCUGGAAACUGCUGAAGCUAGUCUGUUAGAAAUGUUGACUGCCAAAGAUUAUGAUUGCUCUAGAUACUUUGGUGAGAAUGCAGUUCCAACGUGGAAACCACCGGAAACUCUUCAAAUUAAAUUGAGAGCCGACAGACAAGAGACAGAAGAAUUCUACCUCACGAAAUUUCGAGAAUAUCUUCUAGGAACAUCGAGAAUAGCAAGGCUCGAUGCAAAGCAAGAAUACAUACGACAAAGUUUAGUUGAUGGUUCGAAUGCUAGUCCAAAUCCUUCAAUUGGCACAACGAAACAAAAGCAGGCGCGUAGAAAACGAAUUGGACGUUUACAAAUGAAUGGACAACCAAAAUUAUUUGGUGGCUCAUUGGAAGAAUAUUUAGAAAGCACGAAUCAAGAAAUUCCAUUAAUUAUAAAGAGUUGCAUCAGGGUAAUAAAUCUCUAUGGACUUCAUCAUCAGGGAAUCUUCAGGGUCUCUGGGUCGCAGAUUGAGAUAAAUAAUUUUCGAGAAUGGUUUGAAAGAGGUGAGGAUCCUCUUGCGGACGUAACUGACGCCUCCGAUAUCAAUAGUGUUGCGGGCGUUCUUAAGCUUUACCUCAGAGAACUCAGGGAACCUCUAUUUCCUAUAAUCUACUUUGAGCAUCUUAUGGAAUUAGCACAACUCGAAUCGAAACAGGAAUUUGUCCUAAAAAUGAAAGAAUUAAUCUCAAGUCUUCCGAGGCCGGUGGUUAUUGUGAUGCGAUAUUUGUUUGCCUUUUUAAAUCAUCUUUCUGAAUUUUCGGACGAGAACAUGAUGGAUCCGUACAAUUUGGCAAUUUGUUUUGGUCCAACUUUAGUUCCUGUUCCAGAAGAUAAAGAUCAAGUUCAAUAUCAAAAUCAAGUCAACGAAUUAAUCAAGAAUAUUAUAACUUUUUGUGAAGAAAUAUUCCCAUACGAUAUUGGUGGAAUUCAAUAUGAAAAAUACAUAAGUAGGGAACCUGAUGACGUGGAUGUCGGAGAUUCUCCUACUGAUCAAGUACAAGAAGAUAUGGAUUCCGAGGUUUAUCCAUCAGAAGAUGAAUCGGAAAAUUUGGAAGCAGUGGCUCAGUUUGACUUUAAUGCGAGGUCGGAACGAGAACUCAGUUUUAAAAAAGGUGAUACGUUAAUUUUGUUCACACAAGUGAGCAAUGAUUGGUGGAGAGGCGCUCUUGCAGGAAGAGAGGGACUGAUUCCUGACAAGUAUAUUAUGCUCAAGAUAAAAGACGAAGAGCGAGAAAAAGAAUUAUUCAAAUCAUCAAGCGAGGAAUCGAUGAGAAGGGCGUCUAGUUCCGGAGAGAAUGUUGUUUCAAGCCACAAUUCACCAUUGAUGGGUCCCACUAAUAAUUCAAACAUGUGGCAAUCAAUCGAUGCCUCCGACGCAUCAAUGGCCUCAAGUGCGAUGCAUUCGGACAGUACAAAUGCCAGUGGUAUUAUAUCAACAGUGAUAUCCAAUGUGCCGUGCUUCACGUCAUCGCAACCAAUCAUCAGCCGAGAGGAGUCAGCCACAGCAAGAACAAGCCCAGAACGUGAAAAAUCCAAAUCCCAUCGAGAUCAAAACGAUGAACUCAAGGACAAUAUUGAAAAUGAAGACAGAUCUUUUCUUAAUUCUCUAAUGGUCGACGAGCAGAAGCAAAUUGACGAGAGUGAUGACGAUGAGGCCGAAAGAAUAGCAGUCGGUGAUUCAAAAAGAGGUGCCUCAAGAAAACAACAUUGGAAAUCACAAAGCGUUGGCGAAUCUGUACCACAGCAGAUGAAUUCUCUUCAUGUCUCCUCGUCACACGAAGGUGAUUUACAGGAGCACACAACCUUCUCAGCAAAUCGUGAACUAUGGCAGAGAAGAGCCACUUCACAUGUUCAAUUGAAUCCUCCCGUAACGCCAAAAUCUUUUCGAACCUCUCAAGAGUUUCGCGAAAUGAGACAAAAGCAUACGCCAGAUCUUGUCAUGGAUUUGCCUCUAUCAGCUCAGGAUUCGAGUAAAAAAUCUGCCUCGUCCAGUAGUCUCAGCAGUUCCGACGAGGAAACACCAAUGCAACCGGCAAGAGCUGAAGCGGCAACAUCGCCAACUGGUGGACCAGAAUCUCCCGACAUGAGCACAGCAGCUGAACGAUUUGCAAAACAAAAUCAAUGUACAUUGAAAAAAAAUACCAAAUCCACUGCGGAAGAUUCAAAAUUUAAACGAAUGGAGAAUACUGAAGCGGAAGCUGAAGUUGAACUUGAGUCCAAUACAAUUGAUAGAUCUGAUAGUUCAAAUCAAAUUUCAGAAACAAUUUCUCUACGUUCGCCUCUUCCUCAGAGAUCAACUCCAAAAAUAGCAGCUAAAUUUGCCGAUAUGCAUCUCACUGGAGGAAGUCAAGUUUCAAGUUUUAAACCUCAGGUUAAGGUGAAACCGGCAAUAUUGCGGAAACCAGUCCUGCCUUUUCCACAUCCGCACAUGAGUCCAGAGCUUGCAAGAAAAAUUGAGAAACAAGCACAGAAUGUCGAACAUACUAAUUAAAGAAAUUUCAAAGUCGAUUUUGCAACAACAGACUAUUUAUUGUGAAUGUUGUUUUCACAUUUCGAAAACUGGGAACUAAAAUUUUUGAAAUCACGAAUUCUUCAACAAUUAUCAUUUUAUUUCAUCAAAAACAAAUCUUCCAAGAAAACUUGAAAAGAAUUUUACUGAAAGCUAUUAAAUAUUUUUUUGAUUUUAAAAUUUUUUCAAAAUUCUACUUCAUGCUUCCGAUAAUUGUGUGCUUUUUAAACCGGUUUAAUUUAAAGUUCCUGGUACCUGGGAUUUUCUUGAUUUCGAUUCUAGAUCAUAAAUACAUUAUAUUUCAAUAAAAACGAAAAUGUUUUGUGGAGCCGUUUUUGAAAAAAAUCGAUUUAAAAAUUCAAAAUUACAAAAACUGAAUUUUUUUUCAAGAAAUAUUUAUUUAAGAAAAAAUUUCAUCAGAUGGAAUUUGAAGUUAUUAAAAAAAGGAUUUUUUUUAUCAAUUUCUUCUACAAUUAAUAAUUUACAGGAAAAACUAACUUUUUGCAUGUGUUUUUAGAUUUUUUUUUACUUUAAAGCCGUGGAAAUAAAACAAUUUGUUUUAAAUAUUAUUUUUUGUAAAAUUUUUAAAAUUAAAAAAAUUUUUUUUACAAAAUAUUUACAAAAUUGGUCAAAACACCAAGGAUCCUUAUCUUGUAAAUUUUCUAAUUCUAAAUCAGAAGGAUUGUGUGAAUCUAUACAAAAACGCGAUUGCAAAAAAAAAAAGUAGGAAAGUAAUAUAAUAGGUAGUUUAUUACGUCCUGCCGCCGUCAGAUGGCAGAAGCAUGCAGGAAGCACAAAGUCGCAGCUAUUUUUAUAUUACUUUCCUACUUUUAGUUUUUCAAUCGCAUUUUUUGUGUGGAGGCGCACAAUUUUUCGGAUUUAGGAAAUUCUUGGUAUUUUUUAGCCGAUUUUGUAAAAAGUGUCCGUUUUUUGAGAAAAAAGUAUUUUAAAAUCAAUGUCUCUCUUUGUCAAAGAAUUUCAGAGACUGUUCAGCACUCUUAAAAAAAAAAAUUAUACUUUGAACAUAUUUAUAUUUUAUUAAUGUUACAUAAAACAAAAUUAUAUUCUAAUGUUUUCUUACUUUAUUUUAAUUAAUUAAUUUUAUUUUAAUUAAUUAGUAUUCAAAAAUGUAGUAAUUAAGACAAAUUAUUUUAUUUUAACUGUUUUGAAGAAAAACUAAAAACACAUGUAAAAAGAUCGUUUUUUUUUAGUUUUUUUUUUUUUUUGUAGAGAAAAUUGGUAAAAACAAACAAAUUCCUUUUUUCAUAUCUGCAAGUUCCGUCUUGAAAUUUUUUCUUAAAUGAAUAUUUCUUGAAAAAAAGUUGACUUUUUAUUUUGAAUUUUCAAAUCGACUUUUUUUUAAAAAACGGCCCUACAGAUUUUCGUUUUUUUGAAAAAUGAUGUAUUUAUGAUCUAGAAUCGAAAUCAAGAAGAAAAUCCUAGUUACCAAAAACUUUAGGUUAAAUCGAUUUAAAAAGCAUUAUCAUAUUGAUAAUUUUUUAAAUACAAUUUUUACAAUCUUUAUUUUUUUUAAGGAAAUAAUUUCAUUUUAAACUCUUUUAUUUAAAAUUUUUUAAAGAAUCGAGCAUUUCAUAAAUUUUAGUAAUAUAAUUCUUAAGAAAAAAAAAGAAUUCUGCGGUGCAAAGUAAAAAUGAUCGAUAAGUGACAUUCUCAUCGAUAUUAAUUUUUUUGUUUCUUUAAAUUCGAUAAAGAAAAGUAAAUGUAUGGAAAAGAAUAUAUGAUUUGAAAUUAUAUUUGUUUAAAAAUGAAGAAUGUCAAAAAAAUUAUGAAAUGCGAAACGAAAAAAUACAUUUAAAGUAUUCUGAUUUGCACACUUGAAAAGUGAAUUUUCAAAUUUUAAAUUAAUAAAAUUUUUAUUACACACUGAAGUUCUAUAGUUUUUUUUUUUUUUUUAUUUUCUCCAUUCGAUCAAAAUUUCACUUACGUAUAAUUUUUCAUUGCACGGCAGAAUUGAUAUAUAAAUUUUAAAAAUACACAUCACUUUAAAGAACUCCGGCCAUCACUAGAAUUUUAAUUGAAACAAAAAAUAAGUCCUCGUGUGUAAUCACUUCUAUAAAUAUUAAUCGAAAGUUCCCUCAUCUAAACUGCGCUAAUUUUUUAAAAAUAUAAUCGCGUAGCCAUUGCGGCUACACAUUAUUUUUUCUAAACAUAUACUCCCUAUUCUUUUUAUUAUCAUUUUAUUUUCUUUUUUGAAGGAAAUGAACCGCGAAAAGAUAUUUCUAGUCAUAUAGCGAAAAGAAGUAAUUAUGAAAACAAAAAAGAAAAAAAGGGAGAGAGAGAAAGAGACGAAAACAAUACAUGACGUAGAUUUUAGUGACACGGAUUUGUGACAGAGAUGUAAUUUAUUUUUUAUUGCAAGUAUGCGCCAAUUUGAAUUUUACUCUGAUUGCAUAUACAUAUAAUAAUAAUUAAAAAUAAUAAUAAUAAUAAUAAUAAUAAUAAUAAUAAUCAUUAUUGCUGCAUGCAUUAUGAAAAUUGAAUUGUGGCUGAUAUGUAGUUCGAUCUUUUACGAAAAUCAUAAUGUAAUGUUUUAUGAUUAUUUUGCGAGAAGUUGACUUUUUCAUUUUAACAAAAGUCUGUGAGUGCUGUUGAGGAAUGAAAAGAAAAGAAUUAGGAAUUAAAGAAUGUUAGAUUGAGUGUAUACGAUAUAAAAAAUAAGUGCAUAAUACGAGCGAUGUUCGAUAUAAACACAGUAAUCCAUUCUGAAAACUUACUUUUGGAAUCAAUCAUAUCUAAAAGAUUCACUAUUGUAUUUAUAUUAUAUAAUGUUAAAUAAUUCAAUUUAUUAAAAUGAAAAAUACUACAUAUAUUUUGAUGUUACUAAUUCAAACUUUAUAAAAUUAGAUAGUUCUUUAAAAAAAAAUUAAACCGCUUUUCAAAAAAUAUUUCAAUGUUAUUAUGUUCAAGAAAUAAAAAGAAUUAUAAACUUGAUUUUUAAACAAAUAAAAUGAAAUAAAUAAAAAACAAAGACAUUUGGACAAAAAUUCUUUAAUUAUUCUUCAAUGUUUCUAAAUAAUUUCGACAUACAAAAAUUAAAACAAAAGAAAACAUUAAUUAUUUUACAAUAGUAAAAUUGAAAUAAAAAUUAAAUAAUUAACAAAACAUAAAAUUACUUAUUGUAUUAGCUUUUUAAAUUGUUUUAUAAUCAAUUUAUAUUCAGUAAUUUUAUUCCUUUUUAAUUAUUAUUCUUUAUCUUAUUAUUUAAAUUUAAUUUUUAUUAAAUAUGUUUGUAAAUUUUUGUUUCAAUUUUACUAUUGUAAACUAAUUUAUGAUUUCUUUUAUUGUUUUUAAUUUUUGUAUGACGAAAAAAAACUCUCUGAAGAGGAAACGAUUUUGAAACGUUGGAGAACAAUUAAAAAAUAUUGGUCCGAAUUUCUUUGUUUUUUAUUUAAUUCAAUUUAUCAAAACUAUUCGAACGUUAAAUUUAUAAAAUGAUAAGUUUUACAUAUUAUUAAAAAAAAAAGACUUUACUCGCGAGAAAUGAUUUUAAAAAGAAGUUUAUCCUUUUUCGUGAUCCACUGGAAAGUUUCAGAAAGGAUGAACGUACAAUAAAUAAUGCGAGUGUUUCUUUAUUAGUUUGAUGUUUGUAUUAAAAUAAAGUCAGGUAAUGGAUUCAGCGAUAAGCAUAAUAGCUGUGUAUGCUCAUGCCUUUGUCCUCGUAACCAAUGAUAAAACAAUUUUUAUCAUAAAUUCAUGAUAAAUGUAGCUUUGUGGCGUUCAUAAGAAACAGGAAGUAUAAAUAUUUCCAACUGUUUCAAUCUAAAUGGCUUUUUAUUGGAAUUAUUUCUUAAUUUAAAUUUGAAUUAUGACUUUAAAAGAUUUCAGUCAAAGAUUUUUAAAAAAAUGACUAGAUUUAUUUUGACGUAAAACUUUAAGGAAAGUUGAGAAUAAAGUUUUUUAAAUACUUCUUGACUCUCUCGAAAACUUAUGAAUAUUGCAGAUAUUAAACCCCAUUGUCAAAAAUAUUUGUCACCUUAAUUGAAGAUAGUUGAUACAAUUUGAAUUAUAUCGCAGUGACAGCUCUGUAAUAUUUUUAUUAGUCUAUAUAAUAAUGAAAAAAAAAUAAUUGCAGGCAUUAUAUCUAUCGUAAUUCGAAAUACCAAAGCUACAGACAAUUAUCCUUCCGAGUGUAAGAUAUAAUUAUGCAAAUAAUUUUAUAAGUGCUUCUUAAAAUAUUUUUUUUUCUUUUCUUCAUUUUUAUCAUUAUUAUUUUUUUUAAGAAUACAUAAUUUUCUACUUUCACAUCAGGAAUAAACAAUAGAUAAUCAUAUUAUAUAUAAAAAAUAUAUAUAUAUAUAUUUACAUAUACAUAUAAUUAUAAUUUUAUUGUAAUUUAACAUAUAUCUAUAGGCCUUCAUCGACAAUUUUUAUAAUCAAGAAAAGCCCAGAGCACAAAACUCAUAAAGGCUCACAGUAUUUAGCAAUUACAAUAAACAUACAUGUUAAUAAGAA